CAUAUUUUUCUCACUCCUUUCUUAUUUUCUCUCACUAUAUGGACCCAUCGUUAACGAAUCCUCCGCCGGCCGCCGCCGCCGUCUGGAACCCACCGGAGCAGGAGAAUUACAUGGCUCCGGCUGCAAAUCCGGCCCCUACCAACGGCCAUAGCAACCCUUCUUACCCUGAGAUGGUAUUAGCUGCGAUUGGGGCUUUGAAAGAGAAGGAUGGGUCGAGUAGGCAAGCUAUAGCGAAGUAUAUAGAACAGGUCUAUACUGAUCUACCAUCGGACAACUCUGUCUUGUUGACUCGUCACUUGAAGUUGAUGAAACAAGCUGGUCAGCUUAUAAUGGUUAAACAUUCCUAUAUGCUUCCUGGAUCUGCUUCUUUUGUUCCCCAACCAGCUCCUGUUGAAAAUGGUCCUUCUAUUGAGCCAAAAAGAAGGUCUGGCCGACCAUCUAAGCUGAAGGUUGAUUACCAGCUUGUUGUUGCUCCUACUCCUCCUGUUCAGGAAUCAAUUUUUGUUUCUUUAGGACUGGAUGAGCCUGUUCCUCCUUCGCCUCCUGCGGUUCAGGAUGAGAUUGAUGUAUCCCAAGCACACUCUGUUUUUGGUAAGAGGGGUCGUGGUAGGCCUCCUAAACUCACACCUGUGCAUAUUCCUGUUCAGCAAACUGCUCCUGCUAGUGCUAGUCAGAAUGGGUCUAAAAGAAAGAGAGGUCGGCCAUCAAAGCUUGAGAGUGUUGUGCAGAGACUUGGAGGCAGGCCAAAGAAGGUUCCCAAGCCGACUAAUGGAACUCCACGCGGAAGACCUCCAAAGUAUGUAGUCUUAACUGCCGCUGGUAGUGGAAAAGAACAGGCUGGAGUCACACCGGAGAAAAGGAGGGGGAGAAGAAAGGGUAGCUCGUUGAAGAAGUCCAGAAGACUUAGUGGAAAGCCAUUGGGCAGACCAAGGAAGAAGCUGUUGGUUGGAAGGGAAGGAGGUGCGGAGCAGAAUCAAGUACCACCAGCACAUGGCGAUGAUCUCGUAAAAAAACUGGAAUACAUUCAAGAAAAAAUAAAACAGGUAGUUAGUGCAGUGAAGCCACACUUAAAUAGCAUAACUGCUGCAAAUGCCCUUGGGGAACUGCAGGAGUUGGAACAACUUGCGAGUGAGAAGUUACAAGUAAAUCAUCCACUGCAACUUCCGGCUGAUAGUCCUCCAGCCCAAAUAACAAUUGUGUCCCAAAAACCAGUCCUGGUUCCUCCUCCGGCUCAUUUCUCUGUCCCCACCUCGGUCCCCAUUGCAGCUCCAGAUAUGUAUCCCAUUUCCUAUUCUACAUUUCAAGCUGCAUAUCAAGCUCAAUCCCUCCAUUGAAAUAAACUUGGGUAACUCACCCAUCUUGAUAGUUCCAAAUUGUCAUGCUUGUUGUAAAGUACAGAAUUCGCGGUUGAAGGAUCUUCAAAUGGUGUGGGGCCCACUUUUGUCGCAAUAAUGGUGAAUUUGGGGGAGGUGUUGUUACUUACAUGACCUAGUUGGUUGGUUGGUUUAGUAUGAGAAUUUUAUUAUUAUCAACUGUAAUUUGAUGUUUUAUUCUGAUAUUUAGUUGUAGUAAGAAUGGUACCUCAUUUGUUUUUUUCUCUGCUUGUUGGGAUUCAUAUAAUAUUUACAACUUUUAACUUUAUUGAUGCACUUUACAAAUACUCAUGUUUU